UUUUUUUAAUCGACAAAAUUAUGUUGUACGUGGCUAAGCUUUCCCGAAUUUUUAUAAAUUAAUUCGGUUCGAUCAAUUUAUCAUCGUAUUAUAUUACGGUAAUAAAAUUUCAAAGCAAAGCCACAUCGAACAAUUGUUCGCUCCCGAAUUCAUCUUUUAAAAUAUGAAAAGAGGUUAAGAAAGGUUAAGGAAAUUUAAAUGUGGCUUAUGUUUAUCAUAUAUCAUAUGUACAUAUAUACACCUAUAUAUAUAUCAUAUCUAUCAUAAUAAAAUUAAUUUUCACACGAAUCGCUAGAAGAAAAAAAAUCAAAAUGAAAAGAAGAAAGGCUCAGAAUGCUGAAAGAACGCCGUAUAAUAUUGCUGCUAUAUUGCAACUUGGAUUAAUCGUGUUUGAUUUUGUAAUGGAUAUUCUUUUCGCGUCUAAAAAGGCUCCUGAAGUAACGAACCUCUUUAUUCCAAAUACCAUAAUAUUAAUUCUAUCAUUAACAAUAAAUUUUAUACUCGCAUUAUAUAUAAUAACAAAUGAAAAAUAUUUAAAUCAAGAUUUUGCAAAAUGGUCAAACUCACAUAAGACAGUUAUAUCAAUUUUCGCCUUAAUUUCAAGUGCUGAUAUUGAAGCAUUAAAUAUUUUGCAAAGUUUUGGUUUUUUUAAAAGUGAUUUUAGUGAACAAACUACGGGAAAAAUUUUUUGGGGUGCUUGUUUAGAUAUUUUUAUUGAAGAUAUACCUCAGCUCAUAAUUCAAAUAUUAUAUUUUCGAAGUGUACUUUAUUAUGAUGUAAUAUCUUUAUUAACAUUGGCUUCAUCUAGUUUAACGCUUACAGUACACAUAAUUGGUAGAUUUUAUCAGACAAUACGUCCAUCACGUCCUAAAUCAACAUCUGGUCAUCCUUUACAAAUACACAAACGUGAAAUUCAAUCUUCAGAUCAAGGAAAGGAAAGUAGUAAAGGAAAAUUACCAGAAGUUGUAGUUGAUACUCAGAAGGCUGAUGAUAAUAAAGAACUUCUUAAAAAUCGUAGUUCUAUUAGUAGUUUUAAAGAAGUGUUGCCUUAAAUUAAAAAAAUAAGAAGGGAAGGGAGGAAAAGAGAAAAGAGAGAAUUAUUCAUACGUGUAUAUAUUUAUUAUUAUUAUUAUUAUUAUUUUUUUUAUAAAACAUUUUAUAUAUUUAAAUUUAUAAUGUCGGUAGAAGCUAUGGCUUUACUUAAAAAAGUAUAAAGUUACAUAAGCCAAAGUAAUUAUAUAAAUUAAUAGGUUUGUUACCUGAUA